CUCCGCCCCUACACGGCAGCGCGCUCCCGCGGCGUCAGGGAAGAUGGCGGCGCUCACCAAUGUUCCUCAGCUCUCCAGUGGGAAUCCUGUGUACGAGACACUUUAUAGGCAGGUAGAUCCUGGUAACUCUGGUCGGGUAGGACCAACGGAAGCUGCAUUAUUUUUAAAAAAAUCAGGACUGCCAGACGCAGUUUUGGGAAAGAUUUGGGAUUUGGCAGACCCAGAAGGAAAAGGAUUCUUAGAUAAACAGGGUUUUUAUGUUGCCUUGAAACUCGUCGCAUGUGCACAAAAUGGCCAAGAUGUCAGCAUUAGCAGCUUAAAUGUCAGUGUCCCACCACCAAAAUUUCACGAUACCAGCAGUCCCUUAUUAAUUGCAACUCUGCCAUCCACGGACUCACACUGGGCAGUUAGGCCAGAAGAGAAGGGGAAAUUUGAUGGAAUCUUUGAAAGUCUGUUACCCGUCAAUGGCCUCUUGUCUGGGGAGAAGGUGAAGCCAGUGUUGAUAAAUUCAAAGCUACCUCUUGAUGUAUUGGGACGGGUGUGGGACUUGAGUGACAUUGACAAAGAUGGACACUUGGACAGAGAGGAGUUUGCUGUGGCAAUGCACCUUGUGUACAGAGCAUUGGAGAAGGAGCCUGUUCCUUCUGUAUUACCUAGUUCUCUAAUUCCUCCUUCAAAGAGAAAGAAAAGCCCAGCUUCGCUCCCUGGCUCAGUACCAGUACUUCCAGGUUCUGUGCCUGUACUCCCUGCCAGUCCGCCACCGAAGGACAGCCUACGCUCCACACCAUCUCAUGGUAGCAUGACCAGCUUAAACAGUACUGGGAGUCUUUCACCAAAACAUUCUGUAAAGUCCACUCAGCAAACUGUCAACUGGGUGGUUCCAGCUUCUGACAGAGGCCGAUAUGAUGACAUCUUCCUCAAAACGGAUAUUGACUUGGAUGGCUUUGUUAGUGGCCAUGAAGUCAAAGAAAUCUUUAUGCACUCUGGUCUACCCCAAAACAUGUUGGCUCAUAUCUGGGCCUUGGCUGACACUCGGCAAAUGGGCAAGUUGACCAGAGAACAGUUCGCUUUAGCCAUGCACCUUAUCCAACAAAAAGUCAGCAAAGGAAUUGACCCACCUCAGGCUCUCACUCCAGACAUGAUUCCCCCAUCUGAAAGAGCAACCCCCGUAUCGAGUCUUUCAGGAUACAUGACCCCUGGGACGCCUGACAUGGCAUCACUAACUGAAAUGCGUCGUGACAGCACAAGCUCUGUUGGUUCCGGGGAGUUCACGGGCAUUAAAGAACUGGAUGAUAUCAGCCAGGAAAUUGCACAGCUUCAAAGAGAAAAAUUCACUUUGGAGCAAGACAUAAGAGAGAAAGAAGAAGCCAUCAGACAAAAGUCCAACGAGGUGCAGGAGCUGCAGAAUGACCUGGAUCGGGAGACGAGCAGUUUACAAGAGCUUGAAGCUCAAAAACAGGAUGCUCAGGAUCGCUUAGAAGAGAUGGACCAGCAGAAAGCAAAGCUUGAAGACAUGUUAAAUGAUGUGCGGCAGAAGUGCCAGGAGGAGUCUCAGAUGAUUUCUUCACUACAGACACAGAUCCAGUCUCAGGAAUCUGACUUGAAGAGUCAGGAGGAAGAACUUAGCCGAGCAAAGGUGGAGCUAAAUCGUCUACAGCAAGAGGAGGCUCAACUGGAGCAAAGCAUUCAAGCAGGCAGAGUACAGCUGGAAACCAUUAUAAAAUCCUUGAAAGCGACACAGGAUGAAAUCAAUCAGGCAAGGAGUAAGCUUUCUCAGAUCCAAGAGAGCCAGCAGGAAGUUUCAUUGAGUAUUGAGCAAUACAACUCUGCACUGAAUGGGACUCACUGUGGAAGCAUGACUAACCUGGCAGAUAUGAGCGAAGGCAUUUCUGAGAAAGAGAAUGGUGGCUUCGGUGCCAUGGAGGAGCCAUUUAAAGCUAAACUGUCAGUGUUCAAUAAUUCUGUUCAGGAGUUGCACACAGACCCCUUCCAGUCAGAGGACCCUUUUAAAACGGAUCCAUUUAAAGGUGCAGAUCCUUUCAAGGGCAGCGAUCCUUUCCAGAAUGAUCCUUUUGCAAAACCACAGGCAGCACCAUCAGAUCCUUUUGGUGGUGAUCCCUUCAAAGAAACCGACCCAUUCAAGAGCUCCACAACAGACGAUUUCUUUCGAAAAUCAACGAAGAGUGAUCCCUUCACGUCAUCAGACCCCUUUAUAAAAAGUGCAACACUCCCCUCCAAGUCCCAUUUCCCAAAUGCUGAUCCCUUUGCCCCAACGACUAAAGGAUCAGAUCCAUUUGGAACACUUGACCCUUUUGGAAGCAGCACCUUUGGAAGCACAGGUGGAUUUGCUGACUUUAGCCAAAUGUCAAAGAGCCAGACGCCCCAUUCUGAUCCAUUUACAUCUUCAUUCAGCGGUCAGAGUUUCCCAGAAGACCCCUUUAGAGGCAAGCAAGACACUCCUGCACUCCCACCAAAGAAAAAUGUGCCUCCAAGGCCCAAACCUCCAAGUGCGCUGGGCAGAUCAUUCUCCAGUAAAAGCACUCCAGUAAACCUGCCGGGCUCGGGUGACUCCUCCAAAUCUGGUGACCCUUUCCAGCCUUUUGGUGCUGACGACAGCGACCCCUUUCAAAGCAAAAAGGGCUUUGGAGACCCAUUUAGUGGCAAAGACCCUUUUGCUACUUCUUCCUCAAGUAAAGCUUCUAAAGACUCUUCCUUGGGUUUUGCAGACUUCAGCUCUCCCUUCACCCUCCAUGAAUCCUGUCUUGUUGUGCCUCAUGGUCCAUGGUAUGCAGCUUGCAGCAGCAGUUUGGAAAUGAAGCCCAGCAGCUGGAAUGGGCGAAGAGGGAAAGCGAAAGGGUGGAACAGGAAAGACUGGAGAGGUUGCGAAGACAAGAGCAGGAAGAUCUAGAACUGGCCAUCGCACUCAGCAAAGCAGAAAUGAGCAAUGCUUGACCAGUGGGGCCAAACUGUCCAGCAUGAACUUUAAUAUAAUGGGCUGGUCAUAUGGGGCAAGGGGCUUACAGUAAGAAACACUCCUAAUGAAGCUGAACUUUUUUUUUUAAUGGUGGGGGGAAAUUUGGCAUUUUCUGAAUUUUGGGACUGAAGAACAGGAAGGAAGUCGUCCUCUCCUCAUUGUGAAUGAAGUGAAACACUGUAAAUGAAAUGUAUCAUAAAAUAAAAAUGGCGUAUAGCUGCUACUCAAGUAGAUGAGGGACGGGGGGUGGUACGGGCAGGUCUGGCAUUGCACAGAGCUAAAAGGUUUGAAGCGAUGCCAUUUAUGUUUGCCUCAAACAAAUGUGUACGAAAGUUGUGAAGAGGUCUGGUUAUCAUUCACGCUUAACUUUUCUAAGCCUAAAAAUGGGACUAUUCCUAACAAAAAAAAAUGUAGAAUGAUGGAGGCAGUGAAAGGAAUGCUUAGGGUUCAAAGAAAUGAGGAGCGAUUCCUGCUUUUGUCGCUCCUUAAAAAUAAAAAAUGAAUAAUAAAUAUCGCUGAGCCCACCACCCCCACCCCCCAAACAUCACACUGAGCUCUGUGAACAAUGUUGUUUUUUAUUUCUCUCCAAUAUUUGAAUUGCAGCAUGAUGCCAAGCUGUUUUAUUUUAAAAA